UCGAUACCGGAAGUAAACAAGGCGGGACGUGGUAGGCAGGUCUGUCAGCGUCAAGGCAAGAUUUCAAAACCCGGCUCACCCACCCAAUACCCGGCUGGCCGCGCAGCAGCCGCACAAAAGCAGCCGACGUGGAAAGUACGGGUGCUACGAGGUCGUGGGUGGUUAAAUGCGCGGACAAAGCGGACCCGGCGAGUUGGACAUGGAGAGCGUAAGUAGCGGCGGGUGGGCACGGCUCGUGCGCGAGCGGCCGCGCGGGGUCCGGGAAGCUGUUCUCACAGACAGGGUCACUGCUCUUCCUGAUGACCUGGAGGGGAAAAAGGAGAUGGCAGCCGCAGAGGAUGCAGAUAAGAACGUUUACACGCGCUUCAUGAAAUCCCAUCGCUGCUACGACCUGGUGCCCACCAGUUCAAAGCUGGUUGUGUUUGACACCUCGCUGCAGGUGAAAAAAGCAUUUUUCGCUUUGGUGUCCAAUGGGGUGAGAGCAGCCCCAUUAUGGGACAGUAAGAAGCAGUGCUUUGUGGGCAUGCUGACCAUCACUGACUUCAUCAACAUCUUGCAUCGCUACUACAAAUCCCCUUUGGUUCAAAUAUAUGAGCUGGAGGAGCACAAAAUAGAGACAUGGAGAGAGGUCUAUUUACAAGACUCCUUCAAGCCCCUAGUCAGCAUCUCCCCUGAUGCCAGCCUAUACGAUGCCGUCUCUUCUCUGCUGAAGAACAAGAUCCACAGGUUGCCCGUCAUCGACCCUCUGACAGGCAACACCCUCUACAUCCUGACGCACAAGAGGAUCCUCAAGUUUCUUAAGCUCUUCAUUUCUGAGAUGCACAAACCCACCUUCCUAAGUCAGACACUGGAGGAGCUCAAUAUCGGCACCUUCCACAAGAUCGCCAUGGUGCAUGCUGACACGCCGCUCUACACAGCGCUGGGCAUCUUUGUGGACCAGAGAGUGUCUGCGCUACCGGUGGUGGAUGACAAGGGACGAGUGGUAGACAUUUACUCCAAGUUUGACGUCAUAAACUUGGCGGCCGAGAAGACCUACAACAACCUGGACCUGUCGGUGACCAAGGCGCUGCAGCACCGUUCCCAGUACUUUGAGGGCGUCCUCACGUGCCACAGGAGUGAGACCCUGGAGACCAUCAUCAACAGGCUUGUGGAGGCGGAGGUCCACAGGUUGGUGGUGGUGGAUGAACAGGACGUGGUGAAAGGAAUCGUCUCCUUGUCGGACAUCUUACAGGCGCUGGUGCUCACUAAUGGCGAGGGGGGUACCGCCUGAAGGUGGAGUUGAGAUGAAGGUCUUCCGGCUCUUCCCUUUCGUUUGUGGAACGGCUGGGAGACAGAAGUGGGUUUGAAAAGUGAGAAGCACCAGCAGCCGUUACCCGUGUUCUACACGCCCCCUUUGAGCCCCGACUCCACCCCCUCCUGAUACAAGCGAGCAUCCAGCUUUUUGAACAGAGCAAUAAUCACAAAGGAUGAUUCACUGAAACCAGGCCACGGGGUCCACUGAGGAGCAGGACCACAGUAAUCGCAGGGCAGUCUAGAGCAGAUCACAUCCCAAUAACUACUUUUACCUUUUAGGCAUAUGAGGAAAAAAAAAAUACAAUUUAAACAUAUUUAUGCAGUUACUUGAGUUAGGAAUGAUUGUUUCUCCAUUGACAACGCGGUGAUUUCACCUGUUUAAAGGCAGACAUUGUUUCGUGCUCACUAAGGGAUGCCAUGUGGGUCAGGCAUGGUGAGAUGGGGGUCAUGACAGCCAGUGACAGAAGCUGACCAGCACUGCAAACCUGCCGUCUGAAGUUUUGCUUUAUUAUUAUACAGUUUAUUCUGCAACAGUUUUUUUUUAUUUUAAUUUGCGAAGGAUACAAACCAUUUUGUGUUUUAUGAGAUCAGAUUAUAUAGACUUGUUUGAUAUUUGACUUAGAUAUUUGGCAUCAUUACUGGAACGUUAUUUGGGUAUACCUUCAGUUUUAUCCUUCCCCAGUGACAUUUUUAUUUUCUGUAUUGGAUGUAGAUACACCAUGGAUUUAUGGAUAUUUAAAUUAACUUUCACAGGGGCUGCAGUCCUCACCCGCCCACUAGGUGUCAGCCUCUGCAUUCGCAACCAAGUGCCAGUUAACCUAAAUGUGUUUUAUGUAUCGGGCUCAAUAAGCAUGAGUACAGAAUGUUUUGUAGGGACAGCAGGUCUGCUUGAUCCCCAAAGGAUUUCAUGCAGCGUUCUGCUAUUGAGUCAGUCCCUCCUGCAUCAUUAAAAUCGUGGUCAGCGGUGGGAUCUGACAAACCAGAUACGUCAUCAGAAGUAACUUCAUGGUGAAGUCAGCCUUCAACACGAGACGAGAGGCUUCUUGAGCGAUGCUUAGGAGCUUUCUGCACAAACGCCAAUGCAGAACGCAUAUUUAGGUCAUCUCACUGUGAUCCAGUGCUUGCAGUGGAUAAGGCAUGCUGUUUGUUUGACCACAGGAAUGCAAGUAUGGUUAAUAGGAAUCUGUCAGAAGAGAUUUCUCUGCAUUUCAGAGCUUGCAGUUUUAUUAUAUAUUCAUCUAAAUCCAGAACCGUGACACAUGUCCAUGUUUGUUUAAGGUUACAUUGCUCAGAUUUCCCUAGUACCUCUUGCUGCAUCCUCUCUCCGCGGUCAUGGUAGGUUGGGGGGUGGUGUGUGGGAGGUGGCCCAGCCGUGAAGGCAUUGGAUGGGAAGCCUGGGUAAAAAUGCUGGGUCACAGCAGGCUGGAUAAAUGCCCCCUUCGUUUGCUCAGCCAUGCUCACUGAAGCAUUUGAAAGACUCCUUAGUCAACCAGACAAACCACAGAGCGCUCAAUUUCCCGUCAGACAACUGAACUAUCGUCGCAUUACCGAUGCAGGUCCCGCAUUCACAGCAACGUGGUCGGUCUU